GCAGGAAGCUCAUUAGAAAAAUUUACGUCCUCUUUACCGGACUCAUCUUUCAUAACGCUCCCUGGACAAACCGAAUCGAAAUUUUCCGCAAUCAAUAGAAGAAAUCCUUCUGGUCCUGGUUGGUGCUAAAUUCAAAUAUUAUAGCAGAAAAAAGUAAUGGCAUUCCUGAGCGCCCGUCUAGCCCGAGGUUCCCCCAGGGUCAGUUCCUUGCUGCGACGGUCCUAUUCGACCAACAUCGGAGAAAACCGAGCAGAGAAAGGUCUAGUUCUCGGAUUGUACGAACAGGAAGUUGAAACCGAUGAACCACGUCUCUCGCCGGUAGCGGCCCAUUUCGAUGCCAAAACCGAGGGCCAGCUGAGUAAUUUAAUCAAAGAGUCAAAUUUAAAAGGAAAAACUGGAUCGGUGAAAGUGUUCAACAAUAUUGACCCCGAUUAUGGAUCCGUAGCCGUUGCUGGUCUAGGCUUGGAGGGUGUGGGAUUCCAUGAGCUGGAACAGUUCGACGAGGGAUUUGAAAAUGUUCGAAUCGCUGCCGGUAUUGGGUCGAUGUGUUUGCAGCGUAAUGGGUGUACCAAAAUUUCGGUAGAUCCUAUGCAGGCGGCAGAACAGGCUGCCGAAGGAGCCGGUCUUGGAACAUGGAAAUAUCAAGCCAACAAAAUAAAAUCACAUCGAAAGCCUAUUCCCAAGCUGGAACUGUACGAUUCUCCUGAUGGCGAUGCUUGGACCCGAGGAUUGUUCAAGGCCGACGCUCAAAAUCUGGCCCGAAGUCUGUCCGAUGGACCCGGAAACCAAAUUACACCGACAGCUUUUGCUCAAGCAGCCGUGGAUGCCCUCUGCCCUUGUGGAGUCAACACGGAGGUCCGGAAUCUUGAUUGGAUCGAGGCCAAGGGACUGGGAACGUUCCUGGCGGUAGCAAAAAGCUCCUGUGAACCUCCGGUGUUUCUGGAAAUCAGCUACUGUGGAGAACACGAUUCGGGACGCCCAAUCAUGCUGGUAGGAACUGGCCUUACGUUUAACAGUGGCGGUUUGUGCCUGAAGGAGCCACAUGGCAUGUCCAAGCAAAGGGCAGCCAUGGCUGGUGCAGCAACUGUUGUAGCGACUAUUCGAGCUGCAGCAGCCCUUUCGUUACCGGUCAACCUAGUCGGACUAAUCCCACUCUGCGAAAACAUGCCCUCGGGAAUGGCCUUCAAACCUGGAGAUGUAAUCACAACCCUCAACGGAAGAACUGUUUGUGUUCAUGACACUAACAACGCUGGCCGGCUUUUGAUGGCGGACACAUUCCUCUACGGACAGAGCACUUUCAAGCCAAAGGUUGUUGUUGACGUUUCCACUAUGACUCGAGGCGUGACUCAUGCCUUGGGCGGCGCAGCCAGCGGCGUGUUCUCCAACUCGGACUUCCUGUGGAAACAGAUGCAGAAGGCUGGCGCCAUUUCCGGAGACCGAGUCUGGCGUUUACCGUUGUGGAAAUACUUCAGCCACAAAGUCACCAAUUACACCAACGUUGACAUGAGCAACACCGGCCACGGCAAGGGAAGUGCCUGUUUGGGGGCUGCCUUCCUGAAAGAGUUCGUGCCCUGUGUUGAUUGGAUCCACUUGGACAUUGCCGGCGUAGGAAUGCUGAAGCGUGGAGUUGGCAUCCCGUACCUGGUUCAAGAUCGCAUGACCGGACGGCCGACCCGCACCCUGAUCCAAUUUCUGUACCAGAUGGCUUGUCCAGAUGAGCAGAGAAAAAGUUUAAAAAAAGAACAUUGAAAAACUAAGGAGCGCAAAAUUCAAAGAAUAACUAAUAAUGGGUACGGGUCUCUUCUGAGUGAUUCGCCUCCAGAGAGACACUAUUUAUUUUUUAAUUGUGGUUUUAUCGAAUAAAAACUAGAUCAACAAAA